GUUCUGAAAGAAAGUUAUAAAAGAAAAAAGAGGAAUCUUCAUAUUUGGUUAUACUAUAUUAAUUAAAGCAAGGUGCAGAUAAAUUAACUUAUCAGAAAAGUAUAAAUUCUCUUUAUUAGUUUUACAUUGUAAGAUCAGUAAUCUAAGUAAAUCUAGUGUCACACCAAAACUUUCUACAAAAAAAAAACAGAAACUAUAGUGUCACGCUGAAAUCUGGUCCCCUGCACUUAGAAGGGAAGAAAGAAGAGAGCAUGUAAUGUACACAGUGUGUGAUUUAUGCAAGUAAUUUAGAGUACUUAAACAAGUCGACGAUCCCUUGCUUAUGCGCGUCUUUUUCUUCCCAGCAAUACGAAGACAAGCAAGCAUAUAUACUUUGUAAAAAAUAAAAUGAAGGAAUCUAAUUAUCUAAAUACUGCAAAAGUGAAAAAAGCAGCAAGGAAAAAGAAGGAUUUGGCCAUUGGAGAUUGGUCUAAGGCUGCUUCCACAUGAAGCUAAGCACCUUUCUUAUCUCCUCACUCCUCAAUUCUUCUUCUUUAAUUCCCACUUUUAAUCUUACAACUAAGAACUCCACUCUCUUCUAAUUAUGAUAUAAACACAGCGAGGCCGUAUAUAACUUACCCUUUACUACACACCUUCCCUCUCACACCUUCUUUCAUUCAACAAAUCAUACUACACAAAAUGCGAUCAUCUAUAUACAUAUUCACACAUUUUUAAUCACUGUUAAAACUCUUGCAUCUUGUCUGCAGCAGUAGUAUAGAAUUACAUAUACUUCUUCAUCUCUUCCCUAAACUAAGAUAUAGUCAUGGCAGUUGGUGUUCGGAAGUUAAUAGUAGAGGUGGUGGACGCUAGAAAUUUGUCACCCAAAGACGGGCACGGAACAUCAAGUCCAUACGUGAUACUUGAUUUCUACGGGCAAAGAAAAAAGACAAGAAGUGUAAUUUGUGAUCUCAAUCCUGUAUGGAACGAUAUUGUAUCUUUCAAUGUUGGAAAGCCAUCUAGUGUUUUUGGUGACAUGCUGGAGGUAGACGUUUAUCACGACAAAAAUAUUGGCCCUACUACCAGAAACAAUUUCCUAGGCCGAGUGCGAUUGGAUUCUCGACAGUUUGUUAAAAAAGGGGAAGAGGCUUUGAUUUACUAUCCAUUGGAGAAGAAAAACCUCUUCAGUUUUAUCCAAGGUGAGAUUGGCUUGAAGAUUUAUUUCAGUGACGAGGUCGUUCCACCGCCAGAGCCACCAGCACCAUCACCACCACCACCACCACCACCACCACCUGAGGAUGUGAAGUCUGAUCCACCACCAGAAACAGGAGCGGCAGCAGAAGCUCCAACUGAUCUGCCACCACCAAGUUCAAGCGAACAACCUGCUGCAGAUGUGCCAAAAACUGAAGAAGUGCCACCACCUGCUGAUACUGCGUCACAAUUACCACCUUCACCAGAUGAAACUGGAGGAUUGCCACCAGCUGAAGCUGCGCCGCCACCAACAUCACCAGCACAAGCGAAGAUGGAACCAUCGGAUAAUGCUACUGUGGAGCCCUCAGCGGAAGCAGUUAAUAGUUCAGAAAGAGAAGACCUAAAUCCUGAUCAGUUGAUGGCAAACAUGGCAUCAGCAUCAAUACCCGAAGUCAAAGUCAGUGGUAUCUACGGACCUCGUCCAAUCUCUCGUGCCGCAUCAGUCAGUAGCUUUAUAUCAGAUGCAUCUGACAAUGUUUCAAUGGAACGGCCUUCAUUUGAUCUAGUAGAGAAAAUGCAUUACCUCUUCAUCAGGGUAGUUAAAGCUAGAUCAUUGCCUACUCCAGGCAAUCCUGUGGUUAAGAUUGUUGUAUCUGGCAGCCAAGUCACGUCCAAACCAGCCCGGAAAAACGUGUUGUUCGAGUGGGACCAAACUUUUGCAUUCGCUAACGAAUCUGCAGAUUCCAGCUCCCUCCUCGAAGUCUCUGUGUGGGACCCACUAAUCUCAACCUCAACCACUGACAUGGCCGGUCAUAACUUCCUAGGUGGCAUAUGCUUUGAUGUCACUGAGAUUCCGCUGCGUGAUCCACCAGAUAGUCCAUUGGCUCCACAAUGGUACAGACUUGAAGGAGGUGGUGCCCACAGAGGGGAUCUCAUGCUUGCCACCUGGGUUGGCACACAAGCAGAUGAAUCUUUUCCAGAAGCAUGGAAAAACGACACCCCUGGAAAUCCUAGCUCCCGGUCCAAAGUCUACCAAUCACCGAAGUUGUGGUACUUAAGAUCAACGGUGAUUGAAGCCCAAGACAUAUCAGGAUCUGCGCCAUUAAGAGACUCUACCUUCCAAAUCAAAGCUCAAUUAGGCUUUCAAGUACAGAAAACCAAGCUCUCCAUGACGCGCAGUGGAUCCCCCUCAUGGAAUGAAGACUUAAUGUUUGUUACAUCCGAGCCAUUUGGUGACCAACAGUUAUUGUUAUCUUUAGUGGAAUACCGGGAACCUAAACAACAGGUUGUCAUAGGAGUUGCUAGCAUGCCACUCGUAUCAAUUGAACGCCGUGUUGAUGACCGGAACGUGGCAUCACGGUGGUUCACAUUUGAAGAUCCUAAUCAAGAGAAGAGGGUGUAUAAGGGCAGAGUCCACUUGAGGUUAUGCUUUGAUGGCGGAUAUCACGUGAUGGAUGAAGCUGCUCAUGUAUGCAGUGAUUAUCGUCCAACUGCUAAGCAACUCUGGAAACCUCCAAUUGGAACAGUCGAGCUAGGGAUAAUUGGAUGCAAGAACUUGUUACCAAUGAAAACAAUUGAUGCCAAAGGAUCUACAGACGCAUAUGCUGUUGCUAAGUAUGGUAACAAAUGGGUACGUACUCGCACAGUCUCUGAUACUCUGGAUCCCAGAUGGAAUGAGCAGUACACGUGGCGGGUCUACGAUCCAUCCACUGUGUUGACAAUUGGUGUGUUCGAUAGUUGGGAAGUAUUUGAAUCAGACAGCUUCAAAGAAUCGACACGACCUGAUUUUAAAAUUGGAAAGGUGCGCAUACGGAUAUCAACAUUAGAAACAGACAAGGUGUACAAGAAUACAUACCCGCUGCUUCUGUUAUCUCCUUCUGGAUUGAAAAAAAUGGGUGAAAUAGAGGUGGCUGUACGAUUUGCGCGUGCAGCUCCCACACUGGAUGUUUUGCACUUGUACUCUACGCCAUUGUUGCCUAUAAUGCACCAUAUUAAGCCCAUCGGUGUAAUGCAACAAGAUAUAUUGAGAUCAACGGCUGUGAAGAUUCUAUGCACGCACUUCUCACGAUCUGAGCCUCCCCUUCGACGUGAAGUAAUCACGUAUAUGCUAGAUGCUGAUUCACAGGCAUUCAGUAUGAGGAAAGUUCGUGCCAACUGGUUCAGAAUCAUUAAUGUGAUUGCAGGGCUCAUUGACACUGUCAAAUGGAUUGAUGACACUCGUUCUUGGCGAAAUCCAACAUCUACAACCUUAGUACAUGCAUUGCUGGUGAUGCUUGUCUGGUUUCCUGAUUUAAUCAUCCCUACAUUGGCAUUCUACAUGUUCGUAGUUGGAGUAUGGAACUACAGGCUGAGGUCCCGGAACCCACUGCCACAUUUUGAUCCAAAGAUCUCAUUAGCUGAAAAGAUUGACCGCGAUGAACUUGAAGAGGAGUUUGAUUCGAUGCCGUGUAGCAGAACAAACGAGAUGGUUCAUGCCAGGUAUGACAAGUUACGGGUUCUUGGUGCACGAGUUCAAACCGUAUUGGGCGAUUUCGCCACACAAGGGGAACGUGUACAGGCGCUGGUGACAUGGAGGGAUCCCCGUGCCACAGGGAUCUUUGUAGGAUUGUGCUUUGUGGUGGCAUUUAUAUUGUACUUGGUGCCAUCUAAAAUGGUAGCUAUGGCCUCCGGAUUUUACUUUUUGAGGCACCCAAUAUUUAGAGAUAGAAUGCCUUCCCCGGCUCUAAACUUCUUCAGGAGGCUGCCUUCACUUUCUGAUCGAAUCCUUUAAUUUCGACAAGUUGCAAUAAAUAAGACUGAAUGUUUUGUUAAUUGAAAGAGCAUAUCAUAAUUGAGUUC